AUGACUUUACACGCGCUGUCACGCUGUUUUGUCAAGACAGGAGCAUAUCACUCCCAUACACAACCCAGUUUCAAAGAAAAGUAUUUUACCCAGACCCUCGACCAUUUCAACUUUAAUUCCAUGGGGAAUGGAACAUUCCUUCAGCGAUACCUGAUCACUGAUAAAUACUGGAAAAUUGGAUAUGGUCCAAUUUUUUUCUACACUGGCAAUGAAGGGGACAUUUGGGAAUUUGCCCUUAACUCUGGAUUUCUUACCGAAUUGGCUGCUCAACAGGAAGCCUUGGUCAUAUUUGCUGAACAUAGAUACUAUGGCAAGUCUCUUCCUUUUGGCAAUGACUCUUUCAGCAUACCUCAGAUUGGCCUGUUGACAGUGGAACAGGCAAUCGCAGAUUAUGCCGUCAUGAUCAGUGUGUUGAAACGUCAGAUGGGAGCCACAGAUUGCCCUGUCAUUGUUUUUGGUGGAAGUUAUGGCGGAAUGCUGUCAGUCUAUAUGAGAAUAAAAUAUCCAAAUCUCGUGGCUGGAGCUCUUGCUGCUAGUGCUCCCAUCCUUUCAACCGCUGGGCUUGGUGACCCUGGGCAGUUUUUUCGGGAUGUCACUGCUGAUUUUGAGAAGUAUUCUACAGAAUGCAGUUAUGCUGUGAGAGGAGCUUUUCAUCAGCUGAAAGAAUUAGGUGAACUGCAAGAGUACAGUACAAUUCAGAACGCGUUCAAACUGUGUAAGCGUCCAUCAUCUGCUCAGGACAUCCACCAGCUAAAUGGUUUGCUGAGGAACGCAUUCACGCUAAUGGCCAUGUUAGAUUAUCCAUACAGCACUCAAUUUAUGGGCAGUUUGCCUGCCAAUCCUGUGAAGGUUGGUUGUGAAACCAUGCUCCGUGGAUCAGACCUGCUUGCUAAUUUGAGAGAUACGGCAGCAAUUGUGUACAACUCAACUGGUUUACUGACUUGUUUGGAUGCUUACACUCUGUAUGUGGAGUGUGCUGAUCCCACUGGCUGUGGACUAGGUUUUGACAGCAUGGCCUGGGAUUAUCAGGCAUGUACAGAAAUAAAUCUCUGUUAUGAGAGCAACAAUGUCACAGACAUGUUUCCAACAAUGACUUUCACUGAGACAGAACGCCUACAAUACUGUUCUAAACGCUGGGGUGUUGUUCCACGACCAGACUGGCUAAAAAUUCAGUUCUGGGGAGAUGCCCUUUCUGGAGCCAGCAACAUUAUUUUCUCCAAUGGUGAUCUGGACCCAUGGGCAAAUGGAGGGGUACGCAAGUCUUUGAGUUCAUCAUUAAUAGCGAUCAAUAUUGCUGGAGGAGCCCAUCAUCUAGAUUUAAGAGGAUCCAACGAGGCUGAUCCAGCAUCAGUAAUCAAAGCCAGGAUCGCUGAAGCAACCCUCAUCAAACAAUGGGUGGAGGAGGAGAGGACGAAAAUACAACAGUUGCCUUGA